GGCUGCUGGGUUGUGGGUCAGAGAAAACCUGCCAGCUGAGUUUUGAGUCUAUGGUCAAAGCCAACAACUUUGAUGAUGACCUGAGUCUUGGUGCUGACGCCUCAGUGUUAAACGGUGGAGAAAUUCCAUGUGAAGCUGGUCCAGCACAGCACCCUACCCCGAAACAACGAGGAGGCAGACUCACCAGCAGGUCUGUGACCAAGAUCAUUCAGCUGCACAGCUAUCAACAUGUUUUCACAGGCUUUUUUUCUUUUUCUAUUUUCACUUUGGAGAUGAAUUAAAAACUACACAAACCUGGAUUACUGCUGCCGUCAUUUCCCUUGGGGCAGAGCAUGGCCUCCAGCUGUCCCUCCUCCUCCUACACGUGCAAAACGACAUCAAGUGUAUCCGAGGUCCUGAAUAUGUGUUCGGAAGAUGCAGAGGAGACAUUGUAUGAGUUGGGUUUUGGCAACGAUGAGCCACAGGCCCCGGUGCGCAUCCCUCCUCGUUUCUUCACCUUCCCCUCUCAAGCUCAGGGCAUCAGCUUCCGCCUCUUCCUGGACUCGCAGCUGCGGCGGAUACGAGAGGAGGACCCCGGCCUCUCUCUAGCUAGUCGUUUCAGACAAGUCCAAGCGCUCACAGCGAUGGCCAACGCUUUCUACUCCCUCUACUCCCACGUGUCCCGAACCCCUCUCCAGAAACUGGUCCCGCCAGAGUUAAGCCUCUCGUCUCCUAUGGAGAAGCUCGACCGCUUCAGGAGCAGCAUUCGCAGUGAGCCGCGCUCUCCGGUGGAGAGGCUGAAGGACACCGUCUCCAAGAUGUGCCUCUACACGGGCUCCCCCCGAGGCUCAGACUCCACCUCACCGCAGCCGUCACCCAGGAAAAGGUCCAGCCUCCCUGAUGUUGUGGAUAUGGUCCUGGUGAACACCAAGGUGGGGGUGCCCAAGAAACUGGAUAUGGAGGAACACAACAGGAGUAGUUCAGCUGUGGAUGUUGGGCUCGUCACAGAUGAUGAUGGAUCCUGUAGCAACGGAAAAAUUGACACAGACAUUCUUAGAAAUAAAAUCCAUCGUAAGGAGAUGCACAGCAGUAAACAAACAGAUAAUACUGAAGCUGAUGAAAACAUCGUCCAACCAGCAGACGAUGACAGAAAAACAUCUCUAGAAACUGAGGUAGAAACAGAUCAUCAGUGUCUUUCACCUCAGGCAGGGCAGGACUCACAUUUUACUCAAAGUGACACAAAGACUGACGAGAUAAAGACAGUUUCCAUGGUUACAAAUGAUCUAAUCUGCCCGCAGAUAGCCGAGAGCGUACACCAGGCACCUUUCUGCUGUCAACAGACACACUGUCUGGAAACGAACACUGGGACAGAAGACACUGAUAAAGCACAUGAACCCAACAAACAAGCCCCUACCUCCGAUCCUGGUGAGGACUCAUCACACACAGGGGUCGGACUGCUGGAUGCAUCCAGCUCACUUCCUGUCCUGGCCCCUAACGGCAGCCAUACACAUUACUCUAUCUCUGUGACCGGCUGGGAGGGGGACGGUCCAUCCUGCUGCUCCUUGAACGCACCAGAUUCCUGUCCUGCUUCAAAUGUCUUGCCUGUCCAGACGCGUGAGGGGUCGUUAAACGACGGGAAAACUCAGUACCUGAACCCCCCGACACAUCAGAGCCUGAGGAUAUUCUCCAACAAUGUGAAACAGGUUAACUCGUUUGAGCUGGAGGAGGUGCACAGUGCAGGGGAGGAAGAAGUUGGACAGUCAAAUACUACAAGAACUACAAACUCACCAUUGUCCACUAAAGGGCAGCACAAAGGUGAAGUGGUCCGGGGCGACAGCUUGCAGUCAGACAGCAGCGGUUACGUAGAUGAAGAAGUCAGUCCCUCAUCGGACCGACAUGCCAGAUGACAUAAAACACAGAACUCCAUCGUUCAAUCUUCACACAUUUGCACUGAGGAUUUGGAUUUUUUACAUCUCAUGAGCUUUCAGAGGAUCUACACUGAAGAAAUCAAGUCAAGUUUAUCAAAAGUUUUUCCCAGUGCUCGUCCUCAAUACAAUUAUUGUAAAUGACUAAACAUAAAGUCGAUGAAAGACUGUGUGGAUCAUCAUAUUUGAGCGGUAAUAAGUCAAUCUGUUAUUAAAGCGUGACGAAUAUAUUACACCAUAACAGUCAAUUUCACAUGGAGCUCACAAUUUAUUUAAUUUAACUUUUCAAUUUUACUAUGACAAAAAAUCUGUCUCAAAUUUAAUGUCAGCACAAUAAAAUUCACCAUAACCAGCAGAUAACUUUACUUAUUUCAGUAAUCAGAAAAACAAUAUGCAGAUCUGCUGUUUGAGACAAAAUGAGGUCAGUGUUGCAUCAAACACGCUGCACUUGAACAUGUUCAGCCUGCAUCUGUGCAAAGGACAUUAUCUUUUCAACUAGUGC